AUGCAAGUACUGACGGCAACAACAGCAGCACCAGCAGCAGCAACACUGGUAGCAGCGGACGGAACGGGAGCAGCAGCAGCAACAGCAGCAGUAGCUGCUGCGGUGCGCCAAGGCCUGGGAGAAGUCGUGCCGCUGCAGAUUGUCGACCUGCUAGAGCCCCCUCAGCUGCAGCGCCUCAUCUGCGGCAGCCCCUCGAUAGACCUGCAGCUUUUGCGCAGCCACACGAAGUACACCGGCUACGCGGAGUCGGACAAGCAAAUAAAGUGGUUUUGGAGGGCUUUGGAGUCUUUUUCGCAAACAGAACGGCAAAGCUUUCUGCGGUUUGUCUGGGGCCGCUCGCGGCUGCCGCCAGCCCAAGCUGCGUGGGACCAGGAGAUGGAGGUGGCUCUGAAGGCUCCUGCUGCUCGUGUCCCGCGGCCCCAGCCUGCUGCUGCUGCUGCUGCUGCUGCUGCUGAGGAGGAGGCAGAGCAGCAGCAGCAGGAGGGGAACUCGCCCCCCACCAUCACCACGCCGGCCAACGGCGAAGCAGCACGCGCACGAUUCAGCCCCACACCUGCUGCUGACGCGCUGCUGCUGCAGCAGCUCACUGAUGAAAUGCUGCCGCAGUCCCACACCUGCUUCUUCCAGGUGGACCUGCCGCCGUACUCGAGCUACUCUGUGCUGCGGCGGAAGCUGCUGUACGCCGUGACUGAGGGCAUAGCCAUUGACGCUGACAACACAGCAGACGCAGCCAACUGGGACUUGGAGGGAGACUAA